GGAAUGAGUAGGAAGGCUGCAGUGGGGUCUUAUCCUUUGAUAAACCGUGCAAAAUCCGAGGUAGUAAAUACUAUAUAUGACCCGUCUGUCACCUCUCGCGACGAAAUUAUCCCUCGUCCAUCACUCACCCCAACACCGGUAGCUCAACACACGAAAAGACAGGAGAAUAUCUAUAUCCAUCCACUAUGAAACCCAGCGCCUUCCUCCUCGUGGCAACAGCCCUAGCGCACGCCGAAGCACGCUUCGCCCCCGGAAGCACCACCGACACAAUCACCAUCCCGGAACCCGAUACCCUAGAUGACAGCAUAGUGGUCACCACACCAGAAAACGCCCCCAACGCAAUCGACCCCAACAGAGGCGACACCAAGAAACCCCCCUUUUAUCUGCUUGUCGGCGACUCCACUGUCGCCUCCAACACCGGCUGGGGCGACGGCCUGCUCGAGCUGACGUCUCACCCCGACAACGGCAUCAACUGGGGCAAGGGCGGCGCGACGACCGUCUCCUACCGUGAGGAGGGUCUGUGGGACCAGGUGAUCUCUAACACGACCGAGUUCAAGCUUGACCACGAGCCCAUCGUAACCAUCCAGUUUGGUCACAAUGACCAUAAGGUUGAUUCGGGUAUCUCGCUGCAUGGGUUCGAGGAGAAUCUGAAGAAGAUGGCGCUGGAUGUUAAGAAGGCUGGGGGGACGCCGAUCCUCAUAACCCCCCUCGCAGUCCGCUCCUUCGAAAAAGACAUCCUAGUCGACAGCCUCGCCCAGCAGCGCGAGAAAGCCAUCGCAGCCGCCAAGGCCGCCGGCGUGGAUUUCAUCGACCUGAACACCGCCAGCAGGAAGUACGUCCAGAAGAUCGGCAAGGAAGGAUCCGCCAGCUACGACCUCGAAUCGGGUGAUAAAGUCCAUCUGAACCCCACCGGGCGGGCGGUGUUUGCCCGUAUGGUGGCCGACUUGUUGGUCAAGGCGCGGCCUGACCUGGAGAAGUCAUUGAAGCCGAAGGAUAAGGUUAGUGAGAAGAUUGCUGCGGGGGAGGUUGCUACUGUUGAUCAGGAGAAUUAGCAGUAGGAUGGGGGGUUUGCUUAUCUGGAUUGAGUUCAAUGGAAUUUGAUGGCGAUUGAUGGAUUCGUUGGGAUAUAGAAUUUGAUGCGUUAUAUUGUUCUAUGUAUAUUUGUGAGAGACUAGUAUUAUUUAUGAUCUGAUAAUAUGCGAUGAUAAACGAGAAAAUGCUCAUAGCACGC